AUGCUCUACGUGAUUUCACUUUUACUUUUCCUCAGCCACGCGCUGGCGAAUCCCUUUAGUGGGCAGGUAACCGCGCGAGAUGCAAACCAAUUUCGCACUUGGGUCACUGCUGAGGCAAUGGCCAGUGAGUUCGUAUCUCGGCUGAACCUGACCGAGAAAUCCGCCAUGAUCACGGGCAAACUGUCUCUAGGUGUGGGUGGCUGUAUUGGAAAUCUUCUCCCCAUCGAUCGAGUCGGCUAUUCAGGAUUGUGCAUGCAGGAUGGCCCCAAUGGCGUUGGUCUCGCCGACCUCACCAGCGUCUUCCCUUCCGGAGUGACCAUGGGUGCGAGCUGGGACAAGAAGCUCAUCUACCAACGAGGAGUCGCUAUAGGCAAAGAAUUUAGGUCCAAAGGUAUCCAUGUGGCCCUAGGACCCUCGGCAGGACCACUUGGCAGACAUGGUCUUGGGGGGAGAAACUGGGAAGGUUUCUCAAUCGACCCGUAUCUUUCGGGCAUUGCUAUAGCAGCCUCCAUCGAGGGCAUACAGACCCAAGGUGUUCAGACCUGUGCCAAGCACAUCGUGGGCAAUGAACAAGAGACUCAACGCAGCUUCACAAUUUCUCAGAACGGCACGAGAAUUGAGGCCAUCUCUUCAAACAUAGACGAUCGAACAAUGCACGAGCUAUAUAUGUGGCCGUUUGCCAACGCCAUCAAAGCUGGAGUCGUGAGCGCUAUGUGCAGCUAUAAUCGUUUGAACCAGACAUACACUUGUGAAAGUUCGGCUGUACUCAAAAACCUGUUGAGAGAGGAGCUUGGGUUUCAGGGCUACAUUAUGUCUGAUUGGUUUGCAACUCACUCCGGUGCUAAAUCGAUCAAUGCUGGUCUGGAUCUCAACAUGCCUGGUGCGUACAACGCGGAGACAAUCGCCACUGGGGAGAGUUACUGGGGAGGCAACAUCACGACCAUGGUGCAAGCGGGGUCUGUCUCAGAAGAGCGCAUUGAUGAGAUGGUCCGUCGCAUCAUGACCCCCUACUUCUACUUUGGCCAAGACCGAGAGAGCUACCCCACGGUAGAUCCGUCCCUAGCGUAUAGCUUUGCGGCCUGGUCAAACGUACUUGACUACCUCCCUACACCAAUCCCCAAGAGUCGCGACGUUCGCGGAAACCAUCAUCAGCUCAUCCGUAAGAUCGGCGCGGAAGCAAGUGUUCUUUUGAAGAACGUCAAUUCGACUCUUCCACUCAAGGCCCCUCUUAACAUUGGAGUUUUUGGCAAUGAUGCGGCCAGUUCCAGCGAUGGAUUGACUUUUAUUAAGCAUUUUGAGAUCGGGACGCUUGAUAUUGGUGCUGGCGCCGGAACAGUGCGUCACACGUAUCUCGUCUCCCCCCUGGAAGCUAUCCAGGCCCGUGCCAAGAAGUUUGGAGGCCGGGUCCAGUACAUUCUUCACAACGCCAUUACUGCCGCUGGGGACUUUUCAAGCUUGUUCCCUAUCCCGGAUGUCUGCUUAGUCUUCCUUAACACAUUUGCGGCCGAGAAUAUGGACAGGCAGACAUAUGAAGCUGACUGGAAUUCUACCCUUGUGGUUGAGAACGUAGCGAGCAUGUGCCCUAACACCAUUGUCGUCACACACUCUGCUGGCAUCAACUCUAUGCCUUGGGCCAAUAACGUGAAUGUCACAGCUAUUAUAGCGGCCCAUCUUCCCGGCCAGGAGUCAGGCAAUUCUAUUGUUGACGUUCUAUGGGGCGACGUCAAUCCAUCAGGGAGACUGCCAUACUCUAUUGCCAAGAACCCCAAGGAUUAUGAUAUCCCAAUUGUGAAUCUGACAGAAAGUCAGGUCACAUCCCCAACAGCUUGGCAAGAUGACUUUGUGGAGGGCCAAAUGAUCGACUAUCGGAAAUUGGACUCUGCUGGCAUCGAGCCUCUGUUUGAAUUCGGCUUUGGUUUAAGUUAUACGACAUUUGGGAUGAAAUCAAACCUUAAGGUUAAGCAGCUGAACUCUCAUCUUACAUCUAAGCCCGAUCCUUCGCACGAAGUCCAACCGGGCGGCAAUCCUGAUCUUUGGGAGCCAAUUUUGCGAGUUACCACAACCGUCACCAAUACUGGAUCCAAGGAGGGUGCGACUGUGCCUCAGCUAUAUGUAUCCAUGCCGCAAGGAUCGACACCUGAAGGGACCCCAUUACAGGUCCUAAGAGGGUUCGAAAAAGUUUUCCUAAAACCGGGGAAGUCACAAGAUGUUACGUUCGAACUGCUUAGGCGUGAUGUCAGCUACUGGGACACGAGCUUCCAGUCGUGGGUCAUACCAAAGGGCAGAUUCUCUUUGGGGGCUGGAUUCAGUUCCAGAGAUAUUGUGGCAAAGGCAGAUCUGGAGCUAAAUCUGGUAGAUGGUUGA